UGCCCUGUCCUUCCCCCGCAGCCUGCCCCGCUCUGCUCCUUUGUUGCGCGUCCCGGCCGGAGCCCGGCGGUCCCGGAGCUUUGUCCCGGGGCCGCCCCGGGGGGACAAAGGCGGGCGGGCUCCGCAGCGCGGCCGCGGGGCUGCCCCGCCGUGCCCCCGGUCCCCUGUGCCGCCGGGGCCGGAGAUGAGCUCCGGGCACGCUUUUAUCGCGGGAUGGGCUUGGCAGUGUGAGAGCAUCUCGCAGCCCUGUUCUGCUCCCCGCCUCAGCCCGGGAUCCCCGGUCCCCCCGCGGCUCUCCCGGCCCCGGCCGCGCUGCGUGGGAGGGGAUUCCCUCCUCCCGGCGCCGGCGCUUCCCGGCAGGAGCCGGGACAAAUCCCUCGAAUGCGAUGCCUUGUGUUUUGUUUUUUCUCCUCUUGCCGGCUCGUGGCAGAACUCCCUUGGGAAAAGCCCGAGUGACCACAUUCUAAUCAAAGGAGGAAAAAUUGUCAACGAUGAUCAGUCAUUUUAUGCAGACGUUUAUGUGGAGGACGGCUUAAUAAAACAAAUCGGAGAGCACCUGGUCGUUCCCGGCGGCACCAGGACCAUCGAUGCCCACGGGCAGCUGGUGAUGCCGGGGGGCAUCGACGUCCACACGCGGCUGCAGGCGCCCGCCAUGGGCAUGAGCUCGGCCGACGGCUUCUUCCAGGGCACCAAGGCAGCGCUGGCAGGAGGCACCACCAUGAUCAUUGAGCACGUGUGCCCGGACGCGGGGAGCAGCCUCCUGGCCGCCUACGAGCAGUGGCGCGGCCGCGCCGACGGCCAGGCCUGCUGCGACUACGGCCUGAGCGUGGACGUCCCGCGCUGGCACGAGAGCCUGAGGGAGGAGCUGGAGGCCCUGGUCAAGGACAAGGGUGUGAACUCCUUCCUGGUGUUCAUGGCUUACAAGGACAAGCUGCAGUGCACUGAUGGCCAGAUGUACGAGAUCUUCUGCACCAUUCGGGACCUGGGGGCCAUCGCCCAAGUGCACGCGGAGAACGGAGACAUCAUCCAGGAGGAGCAGAAGAGGCUGCUGGAGCUGGGGAUUACAGGCCCGGAGGGGCACGUCCUCAGCCGCCCCGAGGAGGUGGAGGCGGAGGCCGUGUUCCGCGCCAUCACCAUCGCCAGGCAGGCCAACUGCCCCCUCUACGUCACCAAGGUGAUGAGCAGGGGUGCUGCAGAUGUCCUGGCUCAGGCCAAGAGGAAAGGCACCGUGGUGUACGGGGAGCCCAUCACGGCCAGCCUGGGCACCGACGGCUCCCACUACUGGAGCAAAAACUGGGCCAAAGCCGCCGCCUUCGUCACGUCCCCCCCCGUCAGCCCCGACCCCAGCACGCCGGAUCACCUCAGCACUCUGCUGGCCAGCGGGGACCUGCAGGUCACCGGCAGUGCCCACUGCACCUUCACCACCGCGCAGAAGGCCGUGGGCAAGGACAACUUCACCCUCAUCCCCGAGGGCACCAACGGCAUCGAGGAGAGGAUGGCCAUAGUCUGGGAGAAGUGCGUGGUCCCCGGGAAGAUGGAUGAGAACGAUUUCGUAGCGGUGACCAGCACCAACGCUGCCAAGAUCUUCAACUGCUACCCCAGGAAGGGGCGCGUGGCUGUGGGCUCCGACGCAGACCUGGUGCUGUGGAACCCCAAGGCUACGAAAAUCAUCUCAGCAAAAACCCACAAUUCGAAUGUGGAGUACAACAUAUUUGAAGGCACUGAGUGCCACGGGGUCCCAACCAUGGUCAUAAGUCAGGGAAGAGUUGUCCUCGAAGAUGGAAAUCUGUGUGUCACCCAGGGCUCAGGUCGCUUCAUCCCUAGGAAGACAUUCCCUGACUUCGUUUACAAAAGGAUAAAGGCAAGAAACAGGCUGGCCGAGGUGCACGGCGUGCCCCGGGGGAUGUACGACGGGCCGGUGCACGAGGUGCCGGCCAGCGUCAAGGCCGUGGCGCCCGGCGCCGGCAAAGCCGCGGCCCCGCCCGUGCGCAACCUGCACCAGUCCGGCUUCAGCCUGUCCGGGUCACAGGCAGAUGACCACGUUGCCCGGCGCACGGCGCAGAAGAUCAUGGCCCCGCCGGGCGGGAGGUCCAACAUCACCUCGCUGUCCUGACGCUGUCCCCGCGCCGGCCCCCGCCGCCUCCUGCCGGGACGGGGCCGGUGGGCCGCCCCCGAGCUCGCCAGCUGUGCCAGCCCUUCCCUCGUAGGUAGAAAGUAGAGUGAUCCCCGAGGCAGCGCUCCCAGCUGGGUUCUCUGCCAGCGCUCCUUCGCUAGCUGCUAGGAAAGCCCUUCCCUGUGCAUGCGGCACCGCCACGUCCCCAGGGCUGCGGGGCUGGCUGGCCCUGCGCGCCGGCGUGGCCAUGAGGGCACAUCCAGGCUGGGUCACGCUCUUUUCCAGCAGCGCCCGCUGCCCGCUCGCAUCAAAGGACUUCGCACCGAUGAGCGCUUGCGUGGUUUCCAGCCAGAGCCCUCCGCCCUGGCCGUGCUCCCAGGGCCACCCCCAGACCGUGUGUCCCUCGGCGGUCACAGCUCAGGGGCGAGUGCAGCCCCGUGUCCUGGGGCAGAGUGGUGCUGGCCCUCCAGGACCCGGCCAUGCCAUGGGCUGGUGUCCUUCUGGCAGCCUUGUUUUUUAAAGAUCAUUUAUUACUCGGUUUUUCAAAACUGAGUGUGAGUCCAAUACCCAAUACCAGGGCUCGUUUGGAGGCCAGGGGCAUGCAACACACCUUUUUAUAAAGAUUAUUCUAGCCCAGUUAUUAUAUUGAAAGGUGUGUACACAGAGUGAACCUCUGGCCAUAGAGCCAUGCAUGUACCUCCAGGAAUGGCUUUCCGUUCCUGUCUGCUCCUUGCUUGGAAUAAACUUGGCUGGAAACUGCAAAA